CAGGGAGACAUAAUGAUCGGGGGAAUUUUCCCUGUUUUCAACAAAGAGAUAAGUAGCACUUCUACAUUCAAGACAAAGCCGCCUGGAGUGAAGUGUGCAAAAUUUGACCUGCGAGCUUUUCGGUGGACCCAAGUGAUGAUAUUUGCAAUUGAGGAAAUCAACAAAGAUCCUACUCUCCUGCCAAACAUAUCUCUUGGCUAUAAGAUCCUGAACUCUUGUUCAUCUCCUACAAAUACUUUACGUGCUGCACUCACACUGGCAAGUAGACCAGAGGAGAUUGAAUUGACAUCCCCUUGUCCUCCAGCUAUUUCUGCCCUUAUUGCUGAGGCAGGAUCAUCUCAGUCUUUAGCUGUGGCUGGAACUUUUGGACCAUUUCAACUGCCAAUAGUAAGUUACUUCUCAACAUGUGCCUGCCUGAGUGAUAGAACUAAAUAUCCUACAUUUUUUCGGACAAUCCCCAGCGACUACUUCCAGGCAAAAGCUUUGGCAGCUCUGGUCAAACGUUUCGGUUGGCAGUGGAUUGGGGUCAUACAGUCAGACAAUGACUAUGGACGGAAUGGGAUCCUGGCUUUUACUAAUGAGGUGAAAAGGUUUGGGGUUUGUAUUGCAUUUGUUGGGACAGUUCUGCGUACAUACACUAUGGAUAAAAUACUGGAUGUUGUGGAAAUGAUCAAACAGUCAACUGUCAAAGUCAUUCUGGCUUUUGCUCCAGAGGGUGACUUUUACCCUUUGAUGAAAGAGGUUGUGAAACAGAACAUUACAGGAAUUCAGUGGAUUGCCAGUGAGGCCUGGAUAACAGCAACUCAACCCUCCACACCUGAAAUCUACCAAGCAUUUGGUGGAGCCCUAGGAUUUGUUGUGCAGAAGAUGGCUAUUCCAAAUCUAAAACCAUUUCUUUUGGGCAUUAGCCCUUACACUGAUCCAAGAGCAGCCUUUGUGAGGGAUUUCUGGGAGAUUAUGGUCGGCUGUAUACCUGUUUUACCUGGGGAACAGACAGGUACUGAGGCAACAAAUAAAAUAUGCACAGGCAAUGAGACAUUAAUGAAUUCCCAGGAUGAGUUCUUCAAUGUCACACAGCUGAGAGAGGCCUAUAAUGUCUACAAAGCCGUUUAUGCCAUUGCCCAUGCCCUACAUCAGCUGGUAUUUUGCCAACCGGUUGUAAAGAAAACAGUGAGGCCAUGUUUGAAUAUAUCAGAUAUUCAGCUCAAAGAGGUCAGUGAUUACCUACAAAGAGUGAAUUUUAGGAAUCAGUUUGGGGAUGAUGUGUUUUUUGAUGUCAAUGGUGACCCUCCUGCAUCUUAUGAUAUUAUUAACUGGCAGCUCAUAGAUGGGCAGGUGCAACAUGUCACACUGGGUCAUUUUGCCUCUGCUGCUAACAGUGAUUCUAAGCUCAGCAUCCAGGAGAAAGAAGUUGUGUGGAGGACAGGGAAAAUGGUUCCGACAUCGGUGUGCUCUAAUAUUUGUCCAGUAGGAACCAGGAAAGCUCAAAUAAAAGGAAAACCCACCUGCUGUUUUGACUGUAUCCCAUGUGCUGAUGGAACUAUAGCCAACUCCACAGGUGCAGUAGACUGCACACCCUGUCCACAGGAAUACUGGCCAAAUGAGAGGAAAGAUGAGUGCAUCCCUAAAACAAUUGAGUUCCUGACAUAUCACGAGCCAAUGGGAAUAGCUUUCACAGUUGUAUCCCUGCUAGGGGUCUCCCUAUCCCUGGCCACAAUGAUGGUCUUUAUCCGCUACAGUGAAACUCCUGUGAUAAAGGCCAGCAACUCGGAGCUGAGCUGUUUCCUGUUGAUUUCUCUUGUUUUGUGUUUUCUCUGUCCCCUCACUUUCAUGGGCAAGCCCACAAUCUGGACAUGCAUGCUACGGCACACAGCUUUUGGUGUGACAUUUGCACUUUGUAUUUCCUGUGUCUUGGGAAAAACUAUUGUUGUUGUUACAGCUUUCAAAGCUACAUUUCCUGGCAGCAAAUUUGCAGGAAAAUUUGGCCCUGCUCAGCAAAGGAUCAUAGUUUGCUCCUGCACUUUGAUUCAGAUAGUGAUAUGUGUGCUGUGGCUCAAGUUAAAGCCACCUUUCCCAGACAUGGUUUUCAAAUACAGCAAUAAAAAGAUUGUUUUAGAAUGUAACACAGGCUCUGAGGCUGCGUUCUAUGCAGUGCUGGGGUACAUAGGGUUCCUUGCAAUAAUAUGUUUGGUCCUGGCAUUUCUAGCAAGAAAGUUGCCUGAUAACUUUAACGAAGCUAAAUUGAUUACAUUCAGCAUGCUGAUUUUCUGUGCUGUCUGGAUCACCUUCAUUCCAGCAUAUGUAAGCUCUCCUGGAAAGUUCACUGUAGCUGUGGAAAUUUUUGCAAUUUUGUCUUCAGUAUUUGGCUUAUUCAUUAGCAUUUUUGCACCUAAAUGUUAUAUAAUAUUGAUCAAGCCAGAGAAAAAUACAAAGAAACAUGUCAUGGGAAAAACUGUGAGUGCCGGUUAA